AUGGCGGGGCAGCAGCAGAGGGGCGUCGUCAGCAGGGGCGGCGGCAGCACGGGCAGCAGCGUCGCAGCGGCGACCGUCACAGGGCGUCGUCAGCAGGGGCGGCGUCGUCAGCAGGGGCUGGCGGACUGGCCAGGUCGAGCGAAGUUGGCCCUCCUAUCUGCCCUUUCCUCUAGGGGCAGAUCUGCAGCUCGGGGCAGGGGAGAGCUGGACUCCACCCUUUCAAGAAAAGGCCUGAUCAUUCUGGGGUUAAAGCUCUGCUUAAACCUGAGCCUAUACCUGGGAAAAAACAUGAUUGCAAACCAACUGACGUAUGUGUUGCCAACGGUGGUUAUUGCAUCCAAAGCAAGAAGAAAGAAGACUGCAAUGGCCUCUUCUUUCCCAGAGAAUGCAAGUCAGCCCUAUGUUCCUGCUGUGUGGAAGAUAAAUGUGAGAGCAAUCCAUGUGGUCCAAACUCCCGCUGCAAGAGCACACCCGGCAGUUACGAAUGCGUCUGCGAUGCUGGGUACGAAAAAGUCAACGGGAAUUGUGUUGAUAUUAAUGAAUGUGACUCAGGCAACAAUGCUUGUCUAAGCAAUGAAUAUUGCACCAACGUCCCAGGGAGUUACACCUGUACAAGUGAGUGU